AUGGGACAAGGUGAUUCAAAAUUUUCAAGUAAGAGCAAGGACAACAAUGGAAUUGCUCAUUUUCAAAGUCCAAGCCCAAAUUUGAAAGUAUUUAAGUUUUCCGAUUUAGAAAAAUCUACGAGAAAGUUUAGUCUAGAUCUGCUCUUAGGCGAGGGAGGUUUUGGAAAGGUGUUCUUAGGUUGGGUUGAGGAGAAUACAUUAGCCCCUUCAAAACAAGGUGUUGGAAUCCCUGUUGCUGUAAAAAGGCUCAAACAAAAAAGCUCUCAAGGACCUGCUCAAUGGCUGGCAGAGGUGAACUUCUUAGGAUACAUGGAUCAUCCCAAUAUCGUUAGACUAUUGGGAUAUUGCAAAGAUGAAUCUGAGCACUUGCUUGUCUACGAGUACAUGCCGAACAGAAGUUUUGAUCGCUUUUUAUUCACUGAUAUUGCCAAACGACUUUCAUGGGGAACACGACUUAUGAUAAUGAUAGGAGUUGCUCGUGGGCUAACAUAUUUGCAUUCCAAAAAUGUCAUGUGUCGUGGUUUAAAAAGCGGUGAUAUAUUACUGGAUGAAGUACUCUUAAACUCUUUAUGACUAGUAAUGGUGAUCUAACCACUUUGAUAAUUUUCUUUUAUGUCAAGUUAACCACUUAUUAUACUCUUUUGUGUAUCAGGAUUAUAACGCAAAACUAGGGGAUUUCGGAUUGGUAAAGUAUGGCCCCGAAACAGGAGAAACACAUGUUACUACACGUGUUAUGGGAACCUAUGGCUAUGCAGCCCCAGAGUAUAUCUUAACUGGACAUUUGACUACAAAAAGUGACAUCUACGGUUAUGGAAUUGUGUUGUUGGUAAGUAUAACAGGCCGAAAGGCAAUGGAUGUCAGACGACCUGAAGGGCAGCAGAGCUUGGUGGAUUGGGCAAGUUCAAUCCAAUCAAAUAGAAAAAACUUGAAGGAAAUAAUGGAUCCACGUCUUGAACAUAACUACUCCGUACAAGGUGCUUUCGAAUGUGUUGCAUUGGCAUUAAGAUGCGUUGCAAACAAACCCAAAGAUAGACCUUCAAGUGAAGAAAUUUUGCAGAGUUUGGAACAAAUUUAUGCUCUUUACAAGUAAUGGUUUGAGGAGAUCUAUGGGACCCCAUACAAGCAAGAACCGGAUAAGGAAUCACUUAACGUUUUGUAAUUAUCCAUAUGAUAACAUUUAUAAUAUGAUUAGGAACAUUUUUUUU